UCGCUGUUGCUAUGCCGAUCUCCUACACCCGGAUUUGUGGGGAGUUUUAAGACUCCUCACAUCUCCCCCUUUCUUCGGAAGAUUUCAAAAGAAUGCUGCUUCCGGCGGUCCUCUGCUUCGGUGUCUCCUUGCAUGGGCAACUUCCUCAAUCACCUCUCGUCGACCCUGCGCCCUUUGUUCUCAGCCUGGCAGUCGCAGCUUAUUAGACCCCGUCGUUCAGCGUCUUGACUUGGCAUCUUGAACCUCCUUGCGCCUUCCUGAUCGCAGCCUUACGUCUCAGCGUAUUCGAGCAUCUCGACGUGGCCUCUUGAUCCUCACCGUUCCAUUCUCCUCACGUCGACUGCGCCUCCUUGAUCUCAGCCCGGCAGCCUCAGCCUAGUAGACCCUGUCGUUCGACGUCUCGACUCGGCAUCUUGAUCUUUGCGCCCUUCUCCAGCCUCCUGUACCUGUUGCCGUCUGCUUCUUGUCACCAGCUCCGCAUUUAAAUUUGCCGCCUCUUCGUCGCUUCGCAUCCCUGGCAACUCCACCGAUACUCACCAUGAUCGACUUAUCGAUGUUGGCGACCGGCGUUGCCACCUCCGACUCCUACCGAUGUUGUCCCAUCGCUGAUUGCGCGAUCGAGUUAUCGAUAUUCGCGACCGGCGUUGCCACUUCCAGUUCCGAUAUUCCGAUGUCGUGCCGAUUGCUGCCAAUAGUGUGGCAGCGUGUUGAAAAUCAAUUUAAUAUCCAGUAUUUUUUUUUUUUUUUUGUUCCCUAUCGAUCUCACUAUCGAUCGACCGCUAUUAUCGUAGCGCCCCCAUCCCGAUUUUCUCCAAGCACGUGGAUUUCGGAGUUGCAGCUCAAUGGAGCUCCUCCCACACGAUAUGAUGGCCCUUGAUGCUCCAGGGUUGCUGGCCCUGGACACAGGCGCCCUGGAGGCCCUUUGGCAGGGACCCCGAUGAUCGCCCCUCCAUGCUCCGGGCGGCUGCCCCUGGACCCAAGCGCCUUGGAGGCCAGCAUGCCGUCUCCGCGCCUGCGGCAGCCUCGCGUCGAUUUGCCGGCCCGCGUGCCUGGCCCCGCGUCCGAUUGCUGGCCCGCGUGCCUGGCCCCGCGUCCGAUUGCUGGCCCGCGUGCCUGUUGGCUGCUGCAGAUGACUCGCACCUAUUUUUUUUCUGUGAGCAACAAAGUGCCCUUACCCUCCCCUGACCCACAACUCUCAUUAUGUCGUUUUCGUUUCGUUUAUUGGGGUACGUACACCUGAAUGGCCCCGCCGCGACGCACCUUCAGCCGGAACCGCUGGCCGUCCAGCACGAACAGCUUGGCCCAGCGGUCCUUGUGGCUUCUUCUCGCCUGGGCCUCGGCCUCCUCGACCACUCUGGGUGGCCACUCCGCGCGCUCGAGCUCCUUCCAUGGCUUCCCGC